UAUAAAUGUUUUAUUGUCCGUGACUUCGUGAUAAUUUCACUGCGCAUGUGUGUAGCGAAGGGAAGUCGUAUGAGCGCCGAGCGGAAGCUGUGACGUCCUUUCUGCUCCCGGACUGCCAACCAUGGUGUUCAAACGCUUUGUAGAGAUCGGCCGUGUCGCCUACAUAUCUUUUGGUCCCCAUGCUGGCAAGCUGGUGGCCAUUAUAGAUGUUAUUGACCAAAACAGGGCGCUUGUCGACGGUCCCUGCACAGGAGUGAAGAGGCAAGCCAUGCCCUUCAAGUGCAUGCAGCUCACUGACUACGUCAUCAAAGUUCCUCACAGCGCCCGGCAGAAGUUUGUGAGGCGAGCCUGGGAGAAGGCCCAAGUCAACGAGAAGUGGUCUCAGAGCAGCUGGGCCAAGAAGAUCGAGGCCAGACAGAAGAGGGCCAAGAUGUCUGACUUUGACCGCUACAAGGUGAUGAAGGCCAAAAGGAUGAGGAACAAGAUCAUCAAGCAUGAGGUGAUGAAGCUCCAAAAGGAGGCGGCAAAGAAGUGAACAAUUUUCACAAAAUAAAUUCUCUGUUCAGUUA